AUGGAUGACUACAACAGGUGGUCCAAGCAUCUUCCUGAUGAAUUGAUUGAAAUGAUUGUGAAGCGUCUACCCCUAGUCGAUUCAGUCAGAUUCGCUGCUGUGUGUCCUUCUUGGAGAAGUGUAUCGUCACAAUGUUUUCAACGAGUAACCCGACUUCCAUGGCUCUUGAAAUCGAUUAAGUUUCUAGACUCAGAAUCUGUGAAUUAUAAUAUCUACAGUACAAGUGAAGACACAUUCUACGACCUCAAGUUUCGAAGAGAAAAUAAUAAGUUGGAUGCUUCACGUAGUGAUAAGAUACGUUGCUCGGGCUCUAUUAAUGGCUGGUUGAUUAUGUCUGAAUGGAUGUCGCAGAAGAAUAUGAUUCACUCUGCUAAGACGACUUCCGUCAAUUAUUUCUUGAACCCAAUGACAGGUGAUCGUAUUAAGCUUCCCCAGCUGACCGGAAUCAUCCCAUGGAGCUCCGCGGCCUCUUCGGAUCCAAGAUGUUCUGAUUGCAUUGUUGCAACCUGUUUAGAUCCAAAAUAUGAUUCUGAUCGCAAUAUUGCAAUUGAAGGCGGGAUGAAGUUGGUGUUUUGCAGGCCAGGUAGUCAUGAAUCAUGCCCUUGGGAAGGGCAAAAACGUUAUAUAGUUUACGUUAAAUUUCAUGAGGAUGGCAAAUUAUACGUAUUAGAACUGGCUGAUUGGCCUCGUUAUGAACUAGCUGUUCUUGUUCUUGUUUCGGUUCCUGUUUUAGAUCCAUUAAAUCAAUGUCAAGGCAAAGGGAGGUGUGAGAAAAUUAUUGCUUAUAGGGAAAAGACAAUAUUAGCUGGAAUGCCAUCAGGGGAUUCGCCGUCCGGCAUUGGGAGACCAUCAUUUUUCUGGUCCUCCAAAGGUGAGUUUAUACUGGUUUGGGGGCGCGAUUGGCCCGGCAGGAAAUUUCGUGCGUUAAAGAUGGAUGAUAAAAGUGGUUAUAAUCCUGUUUGGGUGGACUUGGAGACGAAUGAUGUUGCUGAAGACGAAGUAGUCUUAGUAUCCGCCUCACACAGCACCUCAAUGUCAAAGUUGAAGACAUUUAUGACAACCAUAGACGAGGCUUUUCUUGGACUUUACAAAUUCUUCACCUGCCAUGGUUCGUUGAAUUGUGAGAAUCUUUUACCUGGGGUCUGGUUUACGCCCAAUAUAACCAGAUAA